CAUUCUCGCUCCAGCGAUGCGGUUCCUAGCCGGAGAGCUCCGAAAGCAUCUGGAUAAGCUGUCCCACUUGAUGAAAGAUUAUUCGGCGUUCGUGUCCCGUUUGUCCUAUGAGAGGCUUUCCCAGGCUGUCACCAUCACGAAGACAGACAUAAAAGAGUUCUACAUGAGUAGAACCCAGGGCGUCCUUCUGGGGCAGUCCAACAAAUCCUUCCAAGGUGGGCACCAGCGAAGGUUUACCCGAGUGUUGGAGUUGAUCGUGGGACAUCAGCACGUCGAGCUCCCAGGGGUACCUGAAUACCUGUGGGAAGUAUUGCAUGGCAGCGGCAUGGGAAUGAUCUGCAGUGGAGACGUAUCUGACGGUACCUUCUUCCAGCUUGCAGAGCAACAGUGUAUCAGCGAUGUGGAUGUAUUCCGAUCUGUGUGGCUUCGAUGCUACUCCCAGCUCAAAGACGACAUUACCGCUUUCUUCGACGGCCCGAACCAGCAGCGCAACAGGUGUUUCACGAUGCUCAGCUUGCGCGCCGGACCA